CAAAGCAAAAUGGCAUCCCGCUUCAUUGUUGUCUUCAGCGCCAUAAUCGUCCUGGCCCAAGGAUCCGAUCUUUUGCCCAUCGAGCAGGAAGUGGAGGUGGCAGUCCACUCUGGAGCCGACUUGCCUGGAGCUCCAGUGGCCGUCGUUUCGCAAGGACAUCCUUCUCUGUCCCAGCCCAUCGGAGCUGCCUACGGCCAUGGUCCACUCGCAGUUCCAGUUGGAGGAGCUCAUCGCGGAAUCGGAUUGGGAGUGGCUGGUCCUCGUCCCUAUGCGGCUGCUCCCCUUCGUCCGGCUCCUGUGUCCUAUGCUCGUCCUGCCGCCGUGGUCGUUCCCGCCGUGGUUGUUGCCCCAGUGGCUCCCAUUCGUCAGCCACAUGGAGUGGCUGCCCCAGUUGUUGUUGGAGCCGCCCAUGGUAAUGUGCACCGCAAUCCCCAUCACGGCUAG